AUGGUUACUGUGAAGGUUGAGUUUCUUGGUGGUCUUGAUGUUGUGUUUGGUAAACAGAGGGUACACAAAGUGCGCAUCGAUGAACCUUCGGUCAAUGCUAAGCGACUAAUCUCUUACAUAGCCGAAGAAAUGAUCACGAAUAAGAAAGAUAUAAACGUAUUUCUUGAGGAAGGUACUGUGAGGCCAGGUAUUUUGACGUUGAUCAACGAUACCGAUUGGGAAUUGGAAGGUGGUGAGGAUUAUGUGCUUGAGGACGGAGAUGUUGUAUCCUUCACAUCGACUUUACACGGUGGUUAA